AUGCCCAGCAUCACGCAAGAGACCCUCCGCAAACGCGCCGAGUUUGUACGCACCGGCGGCCGCGGCUCCGUUCGCCGCACUGUCAAGGCGGCCCACCGCAACACCGGCGACGAGAAGAAGGUGCAGUCGGUGCUGAAGCGCCUUGGCGUCACGCCGUUCAGUGAGAUCGACGAGGUGAUCUUCUACCGCCAGGACGGCUCCGUCUACUUCUUCGACAAGCCCAAGGUUCAGGCCUCCAUGCAGUCCCACUGCUUCGUCGUGUCCGGCGCCUAUGACGUGAAGGAUGCCAGCGAGGUCGCCCAGUAG